AUGUCCAUUGAAUUAGGCCUGUCCCGAAUCACCAAGCUUUUACUCCACCUUGGAAACCCACAAGCCAAGCUGAAUGUACUACAUGUCGCAGGUACUAAUGGGAAAGGAUCUGUUUGUUCCUAUCUUCAGUCCAUUUUGCAGCAGCAACAGAAAUAUAAGAUCGGAAAGUUUACCUCCCCUCAUCUUUGCCAUAUCACAGAUUCUAUUACUGUAAAUAGUGUUCCAAUUUCUAUCCCUGACUUUGACAGUAUUAGGGCUAAGUUGGUUAAAAUGAAUAUUUCUCAUAAUUUAGGAUGUACAGAGUUUGAGCUCUUGACAUGUACAGCGUUACAGUAUUUCGAACAAGAAAAUUGUGAUUGGUGUGUAUUAGAAGUUGGAUUAGGAGGGAGAUUAGAUGCCACCAAUUGUAUCCCUGGGGCGCGGAAAAUCUGCGGUAUCACUAAGAUUGGAAUUGACCAUGAAGGAUUUCUUGGAAAUACGUUGACUAAGAUUGCAGGUGAAAAGGCUGGUAUUCUUACGCCAGGAACAAAAUUUAUCGCAUUGGAUGGCACAAAUAGUGAAGAAGUAAUAGAUGUUGUCAGGCAUUGCGCAAAGAAAGUGGGAGCUCAACUUAUGUUGACUACAGCAGACAUAUCUUCCGAAGUAAUAGAGACCCAGUCUUGGAAUAGAAUUGGAAAAGAGAACAUACCACUAAACGGUGAGUACCAAAUUUGUAAUGCAGGUGUUGCGUUGUCCAUGCUUGAUUACUUACAGAUACACAAAAAGAUCUCAUUAACGAGGGAAAGUGUCAUAGCCGGUCUCAAUGAAGUACGCUGGCCAGGACGUUUACAGAAUGUUCGCUAUGAAACUUCAAAUGGUGAUUCAUUAGACAUGUUAAUUGAUGGAGCCCAUAAUGGUGAAGCAGCAAUAGAGCUGGCUACCUAUCUUGAUAAAAAUUUAAGAAGAGGGGAUAAGGCUCUGACUUUCAUUAUUGCAGUUACUCAGGGCAAAACGCUCGAACCAUUGCUAUCACCACUGAUUCACGACAAAGACAGGGUAUUAGUCACGAAAUUUGGUUCCGUUGACGGCAUGCCUUGGAUUAAAGCCAUGGAACCUUCUGAGUUGGCCGAUCACAUCAAAAAGUAUACCAAAAACGUAGACAUACAUUCCAACCUUGAUGAGGCAAUCGAUAACCUAACUUCCUGUCACCGGGAGGACACUCAGACAGUUCUCUGUGGUUCUUUAUACCUUUGUGGAGAGUUACUCAAGAAAACUGUCACACACGACACUUGA